AUUCUGCCACGACCAAGUUCGAAUUCGUCGGUCUUCGCUCAUGUUUCUCUUGGGCUCCUUCUUCGAGUUUCUCUAUCAAUAACCACCACCCAAGGCUACAUAACCCCGUAUGUCAUGUCCUACACACCUGAUGAGUCCCCCGCUCAGCUCUAUGCCGAGAAAACAUGGCUGGCUGGUAGCAUCAUGACCGGCGCCGGCUAUGGCGUUGUCCUCGCCCUUUUCUGGCUCUGUCUGCGAUCCUUAUGGCACCGUACGCGAGUAAAAGACGCAGAUUACACUAGAAAUUGCUUUUUUAUCGUCUAUGUCUGUGUCAUGUUCGCCCUAGGAUCAUUUUUUAUGGGCUCCAUCUUCAAAUUCACCCAACUCGCCUUCGUAGACGAUCGAAACUUUCCAGGUGGCCCCAGUGCAUGGGAGGUCGAGAUGUUUUCCAUCAAUGUGGAUGAGAUUUCGAAUGUCUCUUUUGUCCUGGCAGAUUGGUGUUCCGCAGCGCUCAUGGUUUGGCGCUGCGUGAUUAUAUACCGAGAUUGCGGAACUUGUCCAUGGCCUAUCGUCAUGAUUCUAGGAAGCAUGCUCCUCGCAUCCUUCGGCCUCGGUAUCCUCUUUCUCCUCCAGAUCUCAUCCCCGUUAUCCUCCCCGUACUACGCUGCUGGCACAAAUGUGAAUUACACCCUCCCGUACGUCUUCCUCGAGCUUGUCAUCAAUAUCAUCGUCACCAUCCUCAUCGUACUGCGCCUAUACAUCUAUCGUCAGCGCAUGGCACAGGCUUCAUUAGGUUCUGCACACGUAGCAGAGCAUACAAAUGUCGCGUCCAUGAUAGUCGAAAGCGCCGCCAUCUACUCCAUCUUCUCCUUACUGUUCUUGAUCCCAUUCGCCACGAAAAGCCCUGUUGCAAACGUGUUCUUACAAGUCCUCGGAGAGGUACAACUCAUCGCCCCCCUUCUAAUUAUAUACCGCGAGGCCCAAGGGAACGGAUGGAUCAGCUCUGCAUCAUCUGCAUCAUCUUCUAGCAAAAGCGCUAUCCGAUCAAGAGAACAUUCCGACAUCCAGUUCACGUCUCAGCAUAUGUAUAACGAGGGCCUCACAUCAACUGACCAGAGAGACAUGUUCACGAUCACCGAGGAGGGUCGUAAUAUCGACAAUGGGGAUGACAUCAUAGAAAUUCCGAGGAUGCACAAAGAUGCAUCCGUUCUGCCAGAGGAACUGUGACGAUUUGCUUCACCUAUCGCGUCUGUAUUUGAAUCCCAUACCCAAUGUGUGGCAUUGGCCAUCGUUUAUACCAUUAGAGCGUCAUGCCUGACACGUUGGAGGUAUUUUGUCUCAACAUGGAGCAAGAUCUGCUCCUGUACGUUAUAAUACAAGUUUGGUGUUCAAAAUA